UAUUCGAGAUUUGUAUAUUAUCUGCCGUCACAGCAAAAUGGUAGAGGUGAAUGUCAGGUGGUGGGCUGUAGUGGUGGUGGUUGGCGUGAUAGCCUCUGGUGGCUGUGGACGACUAUUACAAUACCAUCAGCAACAGGCCCAAAAGGAACACCAGGCAGAACCUGUAAAAGAGCAGCAACAACAGGAGAAACAGGAGCAACAGACUCGCCGUCAGAGCCUUCCCAACAUUGUGGUGCUAGUGGCAGACGAUCUGGGUAUCGGGGACCUUGGGUGCUAUGGCAACACCACUAUUAACACUCCCAACAUCGACAGGUUGGCGCGUGAUGGGGUCCGGUUGACGCACCACCUGGCAGCUGCUCCUCUCUGUACUCCCAGCAGGGCCGCUCUCCUCACCGCCCGCUACCCGGCACGCUACGGCUUAGUUGGCGAAGACGGAACACCGCCGGAGAUCAUGCAUGUUGCCAGUAGAGUGGGUCUGCCAGUUGAGGAAGUGACACUGGCAAAGGCACUGUCUAUGGUCAACUACACCACUGCAGCCAUUGGUAAGUGGCAUUUGGGUCAGAUGUGUGGAGCGUUCGGGCGAGGGUGUCUGGGACCCAAACGUCACGGCUUCCAGUAUUUCUACGGUCUGCCCUUUACACUGGCACCUGAGGCAGCUGGCUCCCAUCCUUUCUGGAUAUUCCCUCUAGAUGAUCCUUUCUACCAGAGCAUAACUGCAGGCUGCUUGGCCAGCACGGUGGUGAUCGCUGUGGGUUGGUGGUGGUACAAGUGGCGACGCCUCGUGCUGGGCUUGUUCGUGGUGGUGGUGGUGCUGGCGGGGGCUAUCAGCUGGUUCCUCCGUACACACUACCGCCUCUACACCCAGUGGUGGUGGCAAGUCUCGCCGUGGAUGAUACAGCACCUGAACUGUAUAGUGAUGCAGGACGGGGUGGUAGUGGAGCAGCCACUGGUGCUGGAGGGACUCUCUCAGCGACUCGUCAGCCAUUCCCUCAGGUUCAUCGCUAACCACACCACCCACGGUCGCCCCUUCUUCCUGUACCACGCCUUCGCCCACGUCCAUACACCCAUGUUCACACUACCAAGCAUGGCUGGACGCAGCAGGCAUGGCAGGUACGGGGAUAACGUGGAGGAGAUGGAUGCUGGCGUGGGGAAGAUCCUGGAUGCUCUCACACGCCACAACCUUGACAACAACACCAUUGUUUACUUCGUGUCUGACCAUGGCGCCCACCUGGAGGCCAUAGCCCCGGACGGCCAGCGUACAGGAGGAUAUAAUGGACGCUUUAAGGGGGGUAAGUCCAUGGGUGGAGCUGAGGGCGGGAUCCGUGUACCAGGGAUCUACCGAUGGUCAGGUCACCUGCCUGCCGGGGUCACCGUCGACCACCCCACUUCCUUGCUCGACAUGAUGCCCACUCUCCUACACCUGGCCGGCCUCCCGCCUCUUCAUCAGCUGCUCCCUAACUUGCCCUACAGGGGCUUGGAUGGGGUGAGCCUGGCUGGUCUACUGAAGAAUGGUUCUUCACCUCCUGCUCGGGUCCUCCUUCACCACUGUCAACAAGCCAUUCAUGCCCUUAGACUUGUUCAAGACAAGAAAGUGUACAAGAUGCAUAUAGCAGGUCACAAGUGGCCUGAAGGAAGCACACAGUGUGGCUGGGGAGAGGGAACCUAUUGCCAGUGUUAUGGUGACACUAUUCAACACUAUGGCCACCAACCCCUCUUGUUUGACCUCCAGAAGGACCCGUACGAGGACCAUCCCAUACCCACCAACACCACUGAAUAUAUAGACGUGACGGGGAUGCUGCAGAGGUAUCUGACCAACUGGAGGUCGCGGGUGCCCUACCCUCGCUCCCAGUUCAGGAGCGUUGUCAACACUAUAUUGUCUCCCUGGCUCCAGCCCUUCCGAUGGCCCUAGACUCGCUUGUCUUAAGGGGAAGCCCCUUACCGCUCAUAUUUUAUACGCUUUACUGUGUUUAAGGAUAUAGGCAAGAGUCCUUAGCGUUAUCACUUUAUAUGACAUGUCUAAGAAUUUAAGAAUAUGCACAAUCCAGCCACGAGGCUUUGAGGAAAAUGUAAAUAACUUCAGAUAUCGUUAUUUCGGAAAGGUUGCCAUCAGAAUUAGGUUAAAUGUCAACAGAGCAUUUCUAUACUCUAGAAAUAGAGCACAAUAAUGCACAAUUUCUAACACGGGUUAGAAAUCUCAGCAAGUCCUAAAAUUGCUCAAGAGUAAGAGGAUGAAUGUUGUAUAUUAUUGUUAGAUUAAAAAUGUCAAAGUUGAUCGGGAUAGAUUAGGUUAGGUUAGAUUUUUAUUAAGAUAUAAUAUUUUCUGGGCACUGUAAAUGUACCCAAAUUUAUUUAUUACGGUAAGACCAUAUGCAUUUACAAUUGUAUAUGAAAACAAACUAAAUAAUGUUAUUGUUAUGCAUAUAUUAUGCUAUGUAGUGUUAGCUGACUUAGAGUAUUUACUCUAGGGUGAACAGGAACAAUUUCAUCGAAUGGUAAAACGUGAAUCGAGUAAUAUGGAAAAGUGCCAAGGAUGGGAUAAAAUAUAAUUAUAUUUUAAUGACGAGAAACGAAAAUAAUGAGCAAGGUGAAUUUGAUUUUAAUAUACCAAAUAAUUUUAAAUACUAAAUUUAUUGUAUACCGUAUGCAAAUAAUUUAUGGCAGAGCUUGUCAAUGAAUAAAAUAAAGCUUUUAGAACAUAUAUUAAACAAACUAAAAUACCAUUACAGCAAUGUACUUAAAAAUUCAAUAUGUGUGGGCCGCUGCUCUUGAUGUUGAAUGUGAAAGUCUAUACAUAAAUAUUUUGUGGAAUGGUGGAAAAAAAACAUACACACAAAACCACGCUAGGCUUGUAUUUAUCCGCAGGCUACCCAUCUCUGGCCUCGACGGGAUCAGGAAGCCGGCGGCUUGUCGAAGUUUCCUCCAAUAUUUUCUGAGGAGUUACAUCUUUGCAUUGAUAUUUAUGUGUGUUGUUGUGGCUGCCUCAGCCUACAUCCUCUCCUCUGCUUCUAAGGUUAUGUAUAGUGGUGUGCGGCUUCUCUGCCUCUCAAGUUUUCAGAGCUUCAACUAAAUGCGUAAUUUAGUUACCCAAUA